AUGAGUCCACUCGAAGUCGAGCCUACCAAGGCCAACAUUGGCGUCUUUACGAACCCAGCCCAUGACCUUUGGAUCCGCGAAACCGAGCCGACGGUAGAAAGCGUCAAGAAGGCCGAGGGCUUGAAUAAAGGGGAGGUCACGAUUGCCAUCAAGAGCACUGGUAUCUGCGGAUCCGACGUUCACUUCUGGCACCAUGGCUGUAUUGGACCUAUGAUUGUGGAAGGCGAACACGUCCUGGGACACGAAUCUGCCGGCCAAGUCGUCGCAGUACAUCCAUCUGUGACACACCUUCAGGUUGGGGAUCGCGUCGCAAUCGAGCCCAACGUCAUUUGCAACGAAUGUGAACCGUGCUUGACCGGUCGAUACAAUGGUUGCGAGAAGGUCCAAUUUCUGUCCACACCACCUGUGCCCGGACUGCUGAGGCGCUAUGUGAACCACCCAGCCAUAUGGUGUCACAAGAUCGGGAACAUGACGUAUGAGAACGGGUCAAUGCUGGAGCCACUGAGCGUUGCCUUAGCUGGCUUGCAAAGAGCCAAAGUCGAGCUCGGAGACCCGGUUUUGGUGUGCGGUGCAGGUCCCAUUGGACUAAUCACCCUGCUCUGCGCCAAAGCUGCUGGCGCCUGUCCCUUGGUCAUUACCGACAUCGAUGAAGGACGACUGAAAUUUGCAAAGGAUAUCUGCCCGUCAGUGAUAACACACAAGGUGGAGCGCAUAAGCGCAGAAGACUCAGCCAAGGCGCUCGUGGCUUCUUUCGGCGGCAUAGAGCCAACCGUGGCUAUCGAGUGCACUGGGGUCGAGAGCAGUAUAGCGGCUGCCAUUUGGGCCGUCAAAUUCGGCGGAAAGGUGUUUGUGGUCGGAGUAGGAAAGAAUGAGAUGAACUUCCCCUUCAUGCGGUGCAGCACGCGAGAGGUUGAUCUGCAAUUCCAAUACCGAUACUGCAAUACCUGGCCCCGAGCCAUUCGCCUUGUGGAGAAUGGUGUAAUCGAUCUUACGAAGCUUGUUACCCAUCGCUUCAAGCUAGAAGACGCAUUGGACGCAUUCAAAACCGCGGCCGACCCAAAGACAGGAGCAAUCAAGGUGCAAAUCCAGAACACCUCCUCACGACUGCCUGUGAGCUCCUUCAUCCACCAUACUCAGCCCAAUAUGUCCUUGAUGGCAGUCACCCGCCCGGUGCUCCGGCAGUCUGGAGCUCUGAGCCGCAUGGCCGCCCGCAGGUUCGAAUCGAGUGUCACGGCAAAGGGUGCCGAAGCCGCGAAGGAGACUGCUUCAAAGGCUGCCUCCAAGACCUCGUCAACGGCUUCGAAUGCUACGGCAAAGGCUACUGAGGCCGCAAAAGAGACUAUCACCAAGACCUCGUCGACCGCUGCCGAAUACACAGCCAAGGCAUCCCAAGGUCUGUCUCGAGUCACCUCAGCUGCGGGACCGGCCAUCUCGGGCGCCGCCAAGGGUCUUGCGAACUCCCUGGGCAAGGUCGGUGGCCGCACAGGAAGACUGGUUGGCUUCGUUGAGAGACAAGUUCCCCACGUUAUCUACUACUCCAAGGUCGGAGCAGAAAUGUCCAAGAUUGUUUUCCACGGCCAAAAGAUGUCCCCGCCAUCCGUUCAGACUGUUCAGAGCUACUGGCAACGUGCCCUGAACCAACAGCCGGCUUCCAUCAUCCAACAAGCCAGGAACGUGAGCCGCGCCCAGCUGAUUGCGGGUGGUGUUGUCGUUGCCGAGUGCCUGGGCUUCUUCACUGUUGGUGAAAUGCUCGGUCGAUUCAAGAUCAUUGGAUACCACGGCGAGGGCACCGCCGCUCAUCACUAA